AUGGCGAGCGCCUGCUGCGCCGUUCCAGGCCCAUGCUCAUCGUCCGUCAAGAAUACCAUGGGCGACGAAACGAAGCGCUCCACGGUCACCGUCGCGCUGCUGGUCCUGGCGUGCUGCCACGCGGCUCUCGCGGUCUCCAAUCUCUCCGUACCGCACGACAACGACGACCCAGAAGCAGCAGCGGCGCGCGGCGUCGAGCCGGUGGGGUACCUGGCCUCCAUGGCCUCCACGGUCGUCGCGGCGUACGUGGCCUCGGCCGCGUAA